AUGGACAAUACGUUUCAAGCCCAGUAUACGGCAUUAAAAAUUUUAAGGCAAAGGUGUGAAUAUUUGCAACAGAGGUUAGAAUCAUUGGAGGAGGAAAAUUGUCAAUUAAAAUUACAAAAAAUUACGGUAGAUAUUUCAGGGAAAAAAACGUCGGAUAAUAAUAUUUUAGAAGAACAAAUAAUUACUUUAAAUAAAGAAAAUUGUAAAAUGUCCCGACAAAUACAAUUAAUUACCAUUGAAAAUCAAAAUUUAUGGUCACAGUUAUCUAAGUUAAUAUCUGGAAGUGACAAUUUGGGGACAAUGUUAUCAGUGUCCGCUAUGUCAAGUUCUAACAAAAAUGAAAAAUUUAAUGAUGAAAAAAAAGAAAUUGUUAGUAAGUCGGAAGAAAAUGUUUCAGAUGAUUGCAGUAAAGAAAGUUUAGAAGAAAUAUCGUUAAAAUUAAUUAAUGGGAUUCUUAUGGGAAAAACAGAAUUAGAAAGUCAAUAUUCUCAAAUGAUAGAUUUGCAAAAAGAAAAUUCAAUAUCGGAAACUAAAAAUUACCCUUCGAUGCCUUCUCAAUUUGAUAGUAACAGAGCAUUAAAUAUAAUGAAAAUUUCCAUACAAAAUUUAAAAGAUUUUAAAGAAACAUUAUCGCAGCAAAAAAUAGAUUUAAAAAAAGCAAUAGAUUGUGUUAAAAAUUUACCCACAGAUUUUGCUCAAAAAAACAUGGAUACAGGUAGUAAUAAUAAAAUGGAAUCUUUAUAUGAUUAUAAUGAGAGAGACCUUUUGCAAGAUAUUGAAAAUUCGGAUGGAGGAAAUAAUUUGGAAAAUGACAAAAUUUGCCCCAUGUGUGGUAAACAUUUUACUGGGAAUUUCAGUAACUUUUUUCAACAUGUUAACAUUCACUUUGAAGAUGGAAAUGAAGAAUUUAUCAUACUUAUUAAAUUUAUUAAACUAUGA